ACAUUCGAUAAGUUGGCUAAGAAAAAGCUGGUAAGGCAGUGAAGUUCCUGCCCCACAUCAAUCAGCUGUGUCAAAAUGCAGGAUGCAGGAUUGCAAAGAAAGUCGAGGAGGCACGACGAGUAUACAACCAUCGAUGGCUGCUUUGCCUCACUGUGCGCCUCACUGUGGGGCUCAAAUGAAAAGAAAUGAAAUUAAGUGGCAUGUUGUUGCUCGUUCGCCUCGGCGUGGGAGGAUGUGGGAAUGUGGCCACGCAUGACCAACUUGCAACCACCCUACCACCCAAGGCACCCAAAACAGAACCACCGCACUCAAACAGACGUCGUCUGCCUGCCACUUGAGCCCUUCACUGUAAGCCUGUUAAACAUUUCGAGUGUUAAUUGUGUGCGAACAACAAUAACAGAGGGCAUGGGCAGUGGUGUGGCACUGGGAUUGCGAUUGAAAGGAGGUGAGGUGGUGGGCGAGGCGUGAUUGAAGGCUGAAUGGCGGAUCCUGGUGGCUGGAAGCUAGAGAGGACUGACAGGCCAGCGUGAUUGGAGCAUGGCAUGUUUAAGGUUGCUCCUGCGAUAUUAACUUGUGUUUUUUAUGCCCAACAGGAUCUGUGGUUCAAGAGGCACGACAGGAUUAUGUUAUCUCGUUGAAGGACCCUUGCCACCGAGUACGAAUAUUCCGCACUAGGAUUUCGGCAGACUAUAGUGACAGUUCUGCCAAAGCACGCUGUAUCGAGUCAUGCCACCCAGUCACAACUUUCCCCGUAUUAUAUGCAUAGCAUUAGCCUCGCACAGUGAACUUCAGCAGCCGCAUCGAAUGGAAAUCGCUACGCUUCUACCCCAUAUCCAUAUCGCAUCCGCUCAGCUUCUAGGCCAGUUCAUGUACGAUGGCAGCUGUAGUGGAGUCGCUGCAGCUUAUCCUCCUUGCCAUCGCAGUCAGAUGGGGUGAUGCCCUUCAUCGGGGAAUCCCGGUGCAGGAGCAAAACUACGGCUAUGUGAUGCAGAUCUACGGUCCGCAGUUCCUGGCGGCCGGAUCGCUGUUCAGUGCCCGUUACGUCUUAACGGUGGCUCACUGUUUCAAGAAGAAUACCAAGCCGGAGGAGCUGUCAGUGCGCGCGGGCUACAGGUGGAUAGCCUGGGAGUUCAGGGGCAAGCCAGUGGCGGGACUCCUGCGCCACCCGAAGUUUUCGCCCCUAUCCCUGCGAAACGACAUCGCCGUGCUGAGGGUCAAGGCGGCCGUUUCGCAUUCCCACAAGAUCAACUACAUCGGCCUGUGCUCGCGGCCAUUGACCCCUCUUAACACGUUCGCACCGCCGCAAGAGCUUGCAGGCUGGAAUUUGAUGCAUAUCACCCAUCCCCUUAAAUCUAUGAGUGUUCAAGUGGAACCCGAGAAAAACUGUCGUCAAUGGUUUCCCCAGAUCUCGGGCGGCGUGACCUGCGCCUCAGCCACGAAGGGAGAGGGGCUGUGCUAUGGGGACUCCGGAGAUCCCCUGAUCAGCGAAGGAGAAGUAUGCGGCCUGGCAAUAGCCUUUCGAAAAUGCGGAGAUAAGCGGUAUCCCGCUCUCUUCACGGAGGUUCACUACCAUCGCGCCUUUAUCGCAAAAGCCGUGCUAACCUUGGACAGGGAAAUGCUGAGCAGGUCACGGAGCUGAGACGGGUGAACUAAUAUUAUACUUGUACUUAAAACUACGCCAAAAAGAUCACGUAAAACAUACCCAAUUGCAGCUGAACAAAGUGUGUUUGUGGUUAAAAGACUCACCUGCAAGAGAACAGAAGAAAAAUUCAAUUAUAACCGAGAAAAAGAAAGGGAACAAGAGCAGAAUAAAUUUUCUUUUUGGUGCAGUAUCGCAAGAGAGCUCUUACAAUAUAUACAAUACGCAUCUGAAUAUUUUUUGCCAUUUAAGGCACCCUUUGUUUGUGCAAAAAAGAAAAUUGAACUCUUCAUCGAACUUACAGAGUACAGCAUCUCACACUUAUUGAUAAAUUCUAUCGACUGUCGUAUUCUUCUUGGUCCAAACUACUGUUUGCCUCCGAAGGCAAAUCAAUUUGCGCUCUACAUAAAAAAUCAACAAAAGGUCCCAAGUCUGAGUAGGUUUGGCAGAGGAAUUGGAAGGCGAGUUGGCUGCUUUUGGUAGCUCGAAAAUCACGGCACAUAACCCAUUAACCCGCCGCUCCAGCAAUGCAAGUGAGGCAAACGAGGAGGUCGACGAUGACGAUUUACAUACAAUUCUCCCGGCGUUUUUCCCUCGCUUUUUCUGUAAGCCUGCCUGCUCAGGAACAUUUAAUGAAUUCAUAUGUUUAAUAAAAUCUACACGUGAACAUGAAUAUACAGCGUGGCG